GUGGCGGGGAACACGAACCAUACCAUAUACCCGUCCUCAUAAACCGUCGCUGGUUCUCUUUGUCCCUUUCAUCAAACACCCCUUCACAUCAACCCCCCAAAACUCUCUCUAAUUAUCUCUCCCUUUCUGUUUCCAAAAAGCUAUCUUUGCCGCCAUGACGAGCUCCUCUGCAACAACUCGCAAGGCACUGAGUAAGAUUGCUUGCAAUCGGCUUCAAAAAGAACUUGUUGAGUGGCAAGUCAACCCUCCUACUGGUUUCAAACAUAAAGUCACUGAUAAUCUCCAAAGGUGGGUUAUUGAAGUAAUUGGAGCUCCGGGCACCCUUUACGCUAAUGAGACCUAUCAGCUUCAAGUCGAUUUCCCUGAGCAUUACCCUAUGGAAGCCCCUCAGGUUAUCUUUCUUCACCCGGCUCCGCUGCAUCCGCAUAUUUAUAGCAAUGGCCAUAUUUGUUUAGAUAUACUAUAUGAUUCCUGGUCACCUGCCAUGACUGUUAGUUCCGUCUGUAUCAGUAUUCUCUCGAUGCUUUCAAGCUCCCCUGCAAAGCAACGUCCAGAGGACAAUGACCGAUAUGUUAAGAACUGUAGAAAUGGAAGAUCUCCAAAGGAGACCAGGUGGUGGUUCCACGAUGAUAAAGUGUAACAAUUGAAGCAUUUCAAUGCUUCUCAGGCCAAAUAAUUAUGGUAGAUUGGCCUCCUUUUUCCAAAGAAAAUGAAAACUUGGGGAGAAGCAUUCUGAAAACUCCUCUAAAUGUCAACGUGUGUAAAGGAAAAGGAACAAUGUGUUUUAGUAAUAUACUAGGAGCAAACUUGGCUUUUGUUACCUAGCAGGUAGAUCAUUGAAGCUGUGCUUUAUCAGCACAUUUUUAAUCAUUCUGUAACCAUUUCACCAAUAUCUUAUUUUCCGAUUUUAGUUUGCUAGCAUAAUGGAUAGGCCCGUUCCAUAA